GGAGCGAGGGCAGCGGAACGGGCCGGGCCGCGCCGGGCCGGGCGGGCGCUGCUGCUGCCCUCCCUCGGCACGGGGCCGAGCCGGGCCGAGCCGAGCCCAACCGGGCCGGGCUGCGCUGAGCAGAGCUGAGGAGCCCAACAGAACCGAGGCGGGACGAGCAGAGCCGAGUGGGGCCGAACUGAGCCGAGGAGUCGAAUCGAGCGCAGCCGAACCGAGCCGAGUGGGGCCGAACUGAGCUGAGCAGAGCCGAGGAGCCGAACCGAGUCUGACCGAGCUCAGCCGAGUGAGGCCGGACAGAGCCGAACCGAUCCGAGCGCAGCCGAACGGGGCUGAACGGAGCCGAGCGGCCGAACCGAGCCGGGCCGACAACAGCCGAGUGAGCCCGAACCGACCCGAGCGCGGCCGAACGGGGCUGAACCGAGCCGAGGGGCCGAACCGAGCCGGGCCGAGCGCAGCCGAGCGGGGCCGAGCAGACCCGAGCGGAGCCGAACGGGGCUGAACGGAGCCGAGGGGCCGAACCGAGCCGGGCCGAGCGCAGCCGAGCGAGGCCGAGCAGACCCGAAUCACUUCGUCUCCUCGCCGUUCCCCACGGGGUGACCCCUGCGGCCGCCAGCCCCGCGUGUCACCAUGGCGUCCCGCAUCGGGCUGCGGAUGGAGCUGAUGAAGCAGCAGGCGCAGCAGGAAGCCGAGCGGGAGCGGGUGCAGCAGCAGAUGAUGAUGAACUACAUGCAGCAGCAGCGCAUGCCCGUGGCCUCCAGCCCCGCCAUCAACACCCCCGUCCACUUCCAGUCCCCACCUCCCGUGCCCGGAGAGGUCCUCAAGGUCCAGUCCUACCUGGAGAACCCCACCACCUACCACCUGCAGAAGUCUCGGGACAAGAAGGUGCAGGCUUAUCUCUCGGAAACCUACGGGAACAAGUUCGCUGCCCACGUCAGCCCCGCCAGCCACUCUCCCAAGCCACCCCCGGCCGCGUCCCCCGGCGUCCGGCCCGGCCAUGUCCUGUCCUCCUCGGCGGGCAACAGCGCUCCCAACAGCCCCAUGGCCAUGCUCAACAUCGGCUCCAACCCCGAGCGGGAGUUUGAUGAGGUCAUCGAUGACAUCAUGCGCCUGGAUGAUGUUUUGGGUUACAUGAACCCUGAAGUCCACAUGCCCAACACGCUGCCCAUGUCCAGCAGUCACAUGAAUGUCUACAGUGGGGACCCGCAGGUGACAGCGUCACUCGUUGGUGUCACCAGCAGCUCCUGCCCUGCUGACCUCACCCAGAAGAGAGAACUCACAGAUGCCGAGAGCCGAGCCCUGGCCAAAGAGCGCCAGAAGAAAGACAAUCACAACCUGAUCGAGAGGCGGCGAAGGUUCAACAUCAACGACCGCAUCAAGGAGCUGGGAAUGCUGAUCCCCAAAGCCAACGACCUGGACGUGCGCUGGAACAAAGGGACAAUCCUGAAGGCGUCCGUGGACUACAUCAAGAGGAUGCAGAAGGACCUGCAGAGGUCCCGGGACCUGGAGAAUCACUCGAGGCGCCUGGAGAUGGCCAACAAGCAGCUGCUGCUCCGCAUCCAGGAGCUGGAGAUGCAGGCACGCGUCCACGGGCUGCCCACCUCCUCUCCCUCGGGCGUCAACGUGGCCGAACUGGCUCAGCAGGUGGUCAAGCAAGAAGCCAGCGGGGACGAGGGGACCCUGGAGCCGCUGCUGCCACCCCCAGACCCCGAAUCGCAGCCACAGCCGGCGCUGCCCGCGCCGCCCCAGUCUCCCUUUCACCAGCUGGACUUUACCCACAGCCUGAGCUUCGAUGACAGCUCCUUCCCGGACAGCCUGGAGCCCGGGCACAGCACUUCCUUCCCAUCCCUAUCCAAGAAGGAGCUGGACUUGAUGCUGAUGCAGGACACGAUGCUGCCCCUGGCCUCUGACCCCUUGUUCUCAGCCAUGUCCCCCGAGGCCUCCAAGGCCAGCAGUCGCCGCAGCAGCUUCAGCAUGGAGGACGCGGACAUGCUGUGAUGGGCAGCUGCCAGGGCAGGGAUUGCAGCACCAGCUUUGGGUGGGCAAGUCCCAGGACGCUCCUGGCAGGAGGAACCCAUCCCACCAUGCACUUGAACCUUCCCAGGAGUACCUUUGUCUAUGCAACGGGGCUCGGGUCGGGUGCCA